AUGCAUAGUUCAGACUCUCAACACCUCUCCUCGGCCAGCUUCUGCCUCGCUGAUGGCCUUGGAUAUGCCUUGCAGCAGAACCACCGCUCGGUCAUCCGGUUGAAUUUGCAACACUUUCUCUGGCGUCAAGUCUUUGGCUUCCACAUUCACCCAUCGGUCCACUUUCCCCCCGCAGACGAUACUACCGAUACCCCUUCUCAUCCCGCAAUUGCCGACAUUGCUAUAGAUAUCGACCUCACUCAAGCCCCUCAUCCUGGAUGGCUACCCUCCAACAUUACACUACGAUAUUGGGAUGUCUUUGCGGACGUACCCGCGAGUCUCGAGUGCCAGUAUGAUCUUGUACACGUCCGACUGCUCGUUUUGGUGCUUUCGGGUGAGGACCCAACGCCUGUCAUCCGGCGACUAUUCCAGUUCGUAAAACCCGGCGGCUACAUUCAGUGGGAUGAGCUGGACUGCAUGAAUAUGAAAAUCAAGAAAGUGAACCCCUCCGUCCAGGCACCUGCGCUUGAGGAAAUCCGUGCUGCCUCCUACGCUAACGGGCGGCAUGAUUGGGUGCUGGACUUGCCACGCCUGCUCAACGUGGCUGGGUUCCAGGAUGCGAAACUAGACUAUUACGAUGAGGGGCCGGAGUUGGUCCGGGCCUUUAACGACCAACAUUUGAUGACCAUGGAGGAGUUUGCGUCCAAGCUGAUGCAAAAUGGCAAGGCCGAGGCCGCUGCAAGCUUUUUUCAGGCUUAUUCGGGCUGGAUACCAGGAGUGUGUGGACGGGGCUGCAUUGUCCAUCCCUCGGGUAGUGGUGAAAAGGAUGCUGUUGUCAUUACUGGACAGGUUCCAGUAGGUGUUGAGUAG